UUGAACAUCUUGCUCGCCACGUCUGCUUAGACAAACUGAUUUUAAUGUCCAGUUUACCUGGCUGUCAGAAAAUCAGCAGGCAAAGGGAUGAAACGUUACCUGAAAUUUUAAUUACAAAUCAUUAUAAAAAUGACAUAAGCUGUCGACAUGUCCAUUUCUUUUCUUUUCUUUUUUACUUUGCGUUGGAAUCGGUGAGCUUCUUAAAACACGAUUUGUCCAAGAAGGGGAAACAAAGUACGCUGGAUAACAGAGGAGCAAAAAUGUAAUGGGACAUGGACCUGAAAUCCAGUUUUGCAGACACAUGUUGCAAUUUUUGCGACAGACAGCAACAUAAGUUCUUCAUGUGAAAACCAACCAGGCUUAUUUUCCAGAAAUGGUUGGUAAUGGAAUAGAUUUGCAGUAACUCUUGCAGCUUCUUAAUUUAAAUUCAGUAGAUGAAGGUUUUGUUUCUCCACUUGCCUUUUGACCGACCAAACGAAAUGUGGGUAUUUCAGAAAGGAAGACUCUUCGGCUUUAUUUCCGUACCGGUUAUUAUAAUAGCGGUGGUAUCCUGCACUCAGAGCGCCAACGAAUCAGGAAAUAUAUAUUUUGUCAAAGAAACGGUGGACAAACUAUUAAAAGGAUACGACAUUCGCCUUAGACCGGACUUUGGAGGGGCCCCUGUUGCUGUUGGUAUGAGUAUAGACGUGGCAAGUAUAGACAUGGUGUCUGAAGUAAAUAUGGAUUACACGCUGACUAUGUACUUUCAGCAGUACUGGAGGGAUAAGAGACUGGCCUAUGCAGGGAUCCCAUUAAAUCUGACGCUUGACAACCGGGUGGCAGACCAGCUGUGGGUCCCUGACACAUACUUUCUGAAUGACAAGAAGUCUUUUGUCCACGGUGUGACAGUAAAGAACAGGAUGAUUCGGCUGCACCCAGAUGGCACUGUGCUCUAUGGGCUAAGAAUAACCACGACGGCUGCUUGCAUGAUGGAUCUGCGAAGAUACCCACUAGAUGAGCAGAACUGCACACUUGAAAUUGAGAGCUAUGGUUACACCACAGAUGAUAUAGAAUUUUACUGGAAAGGGGGAGACAGUGCUGUCAAAGGAGUGGCACGCAUAGAGCUGCCUCAGUUCUCAAUCGUGGACUACAAGCUCGUCUCAAGGAAUGUCGUCUUCUCCACAGGUGCCUAUCCACGCCUAUCGCUCAGUUUCAGACUGAAAAGGAAUAUUGGAUACUUCAUACUCCAGACUUACAUGCCCUCCAUUUUGAUCACCAUCUUGUCUUGGGUAUCGUUUUGGAUCAAUUACGAUGCCUCUGCUGCCAGAGUUGCUUUGGGGAUUACAACUGUGCUGACAAUGACUACCAUCAAUACACACCUGCGUGAGACAUUGCCUAAGAUUCCCUACGUCAAGGCCAUAGACUUGUACCUGAUGGGCUGUUUCGUCUUCGUCUUCCUCGCCUUGCUGGAGUAUGCUUUUGUCAACUACAUCUUCUUUGGACGAGGUCCUCAGAUGCAGAAGAUGAUGGCUGAGAAGACUGAGAAGGCCAACAAUGACUGGGGCAAAUAUGGCAAUACAUCCUCUCUCAAAGAAGGCGAACCGCCACCUGUUAAACAGUCCAAUCAGGUGCAGGGGUGUCAUCGCUUACAGCCGGUUGAUGUCCAUGGAAACAUUCUCCUAACAACCCUGGAGAUCCACAACGACGUGGUCAGCAAUGAGAUCACAAGCAGUGCGACAGAGACCAGGAACUCCUCUGUGGUCUUUGAUGGCUCUGAGGUGCAGUACAGGAAAGGAAGUACGCAGUGUGGACAACAACGGCAGAGGCCGCACCCCAGUGCCCAGCUGAAGAAGCCGCGUCUGCGAAGGAGGUCCUCGCAGCUCAAGAUCAAAAUCCCAGACCUCACAGACGUCAACGCCAUUGAUAGUUGGUCGCGGAUAAUAUUCCCCUUUGCUUUCUCCCUUUUCAAUAUAAUCUACUGGCUGUAUUAUGUGCACUAAAAUGUUGUCUUUUUUCCAUUCUUUUCUUAUUUUUAAUUUUUUUAAAUAACUUUAUACUAUUUGAAAAGGGCCGGUUGGUUCAUCAUUUUGUUAACAGUUUUAUAUUGCACUGCCUUUCAAUCCAAGGAAAUACUAUGAGGCAAUAAAGUAUUCUUUUUCAAGACUUCUAUAAUAAAUAGAUGCAUUUUGGACAUCUGAGUUCUCUGAAGUGCUGGAGGCAUGCAUGUACGUACUGUAUAUACGAGAAAGUUAUAAACUGAUAUCUGGAAUGUUUAUGCACAAAUAUGAUAAAUGUUGUGAUACUGUGUGUAUAUCCUUUAAAGGUACUCCAAUCAUUUUCAAAACUCGCGUGACAAAUAUAAAUCGAUUUAUGUUCAAGUAAUUAGUCGGGAAUGUUUUUAAUAACCUGCAGGUAAUGUAACAUUCUUUCUGUCUCUCUAUAUUACAUGGUGUUUGUAAAAAAAAAUGGUUUCUAUUCUAAUAAUCCAUUAAUAAUUAAUAAGCAAAGCUGUUAUACAACUGAAAUACUUUGGGUUUCAUUGUCAUUGUAUUCUUUCUUUACAGAUCAUCUUUGACUGCACAGUAACAUUUAGAUAGAAUCCUGUUACAAAGUUUGUUAUAUCCUAUACGCCAAGCAUUAACACUUUUGCAAACUUUCUGUAUAGUUAGACAUAUAAUCAUAUAGUGUUGUGUUUUGGGCCAUACCUUUCACUGCAAUAAUACCUGAAAUUAUCAUAAAUCACACUUUAGUAGUGAUGUGUAUGACUUGACAAUGUAUUAUCUGUGUUAUUUCUUUGAAGUAUUUUUUUCUUUAGAUAUUUUUCAUAAAUAAAUUGUCAUUGAUUAUGAAA